UUAUUGUCCGUGCUUAGUCAUGUUUGUUAAUAGAUGAAAAUCAUUAUCAAUAAUAUUUAUAAUGCUUUAGCUAAAGGAAGAAUAUGCACCGAUCGUAUAGAAUCGAUCGGAUCUAUGCUGUACAUGGUUGACAACAUAUUUGUAUCGGCUACAAAUGAAGUUCGCCUGACAGUAGUUAAACUUGGCCAGACUGAUUCAUACAAACAAUAAUGGCGUAUUCCGUGAAUAUUUCGGUAGAAGCACCUAUUGAGAAUCAAAUACAAGAAAUUACGUAUGAUGGACAAGAGAUUUAUCAAGCGCCUCUUACAUUGUCUGAAAACUUGGCAAAGAUAGCCCAGAAAAUUGACUUUACUAAAACUAUCAAUGGGGAUGACGUUAAAAAGGAACAAUCAGAUAGUAGUGAAAAGAGUGAGGAUGAUACAAAGGACCCUGCAGCCUUUCAGUCAUCCCUGUGGCCUUGGGAUAGCGUUAGAAGCAAAUUAAGGAAUGCUCUGACGGAAGUAUGUGUAUUAGCUGAUGUUUUAGCAAUAGCGAAAGAAAAGAGGUACAUGGUAUUGGACCCUGUGCCCCAGGAGGCUGCUGAAGUAAAACAAAUUGUUCAAAUUUAUGCCAGAAAAAAGGCCUUAGCUGGUGCUGCAUCUGUACUUAUGAUGGGUGCUGAACGUUUGAGGAACUGUCAAAAUGAAUUGGCAAGAAAUCGUUCCACACCAGAUUUCCAUAUUGAAUUGUUAAGACUUCGUCAAAAUUGGCGGCUAAAAAAAGUAUCUAAUUCUAUAAUUGGUGAUCUUAGCUAUCGUACAGCUGGCUCAAAAUACACGCAAACGGGAAUGUUUGAAGUUACAAAAGCUGAGGAAGAAGAAAAGGCUAGUACAAGCCCACCUGCUUCUCCUAAUCCUAAUGCUACUGUGGCUUCGGGACAAUCUCAUGGUUCCUCAAAUACCAAGGCAUCUGCACUGCGAGUUACAAUUCCAAGUGAAUUACAAGGUGUCGCCUACAUUGAAGUUCUGUGCCAAAAAGACCAAGAAGACUUAUGCAGCGCAAACAUUAGUCUCCUUAACAGCAGUGCUAAUAGUUCAAAUGCAGAUAUGCAUUGGCAACAAAAAUUGGAAGCUGCACAGAACGUUCUAUUUUGUAAGGAGCUCUUCAGCCAACUUGCAAGGGAAGCAGUGCAUCUACGUGCACCAAUACCACAUAUGGUAGUAGGAAAUCAAAUAAUGGCUACUGUUCUUCCUGGAAUUCAGCUCAUCAUAGGACUAUGUCACAGUACUGGAAAUGAUAAGAAACCUUCAGCACCACCACCACAUAAAUCCGAUCACGAUCAUGUUCUCGAACAUUCCUUACAUCAAUUAUUACGUGAAGUGCAUCAUAAAAACACACAUCAUCCAUUUCCACAUCCGUCAUCAGGUCCUCUUGGUCCCAGUAAACGUAGAUGCUUGGCUGGACCAACCGCAGCGGAUAGAUAUGAAUUAAUUGAGAUGACAAAAAGUCAAACUCUCCUAGAGCAGAUCAUCCAGCAAGCUCAACACUUUUUUAUGAGGCUACGCACAGAGUAUGUCCUCGACACAAUAGCUAAAGAAGUGAAGGAUCCUCUGAUUGUAUCUCACUGGAAUGCUCUAAACUCUCCAACGCAAUCUUGCGUGAAGAUCAAUAUAUUGACACAUGGUUAUGAUAUUGUCUGCCGCACUUCCUUGGUUGUCCACGUCGGCGAGAAAUCAUUGAAGUGUGUUUGUCGGGAUGGCCGUGUGAUGCACAUGAGUUAUGAACCACAGGAAUUGCGAGAUUUGAUUUUUUGCCAGAUAUACCAGCAUCAGAUAACCGCUGUUCAGGCACUGGCCAAAUGCAUGGGUUGGCAGUUCCUGGCAAACAGUUCUCAUCUUGGUCUUGGCGCUGUGGAGCCUCUUGGUAAUGCUAGUAGUUGCAUCCUGGCUUCUCCCAUUGGUGACAGGAUGAUUGCAGUAAGGUGUGAGCCGCAGACAGGGGUACAGGUGGCAAUAGCUCAUUCCCCCAGGAAGGAUUUCUUUCCGGGUCAAUUAGUGCGGGAAAGAAAAUGGGAGAACCUGGGUGGUUCAUUCAAGGAAGUACGAUGGGACAAAAUGGAGGGGAAAAAUUUUGUUAAUAAAAUGGAAUUGCUCAUGGCUUCCCUUACCAGCUCAUAGACUUUUGUAAGACACUGUCAUUUGGCUGAACAGAUCUUGGUAAAACCGUGAAACAGGGUAAAGAUCAAGUAAUCAGAACCUUCGUCUUUUUCUUCUGGAAUAUUCAUAUCUUCCUACGAUACAAUAUCUCUUCGUGUCGAUAUAUUUUUUCUUUUUAUCUGGAAAAUCAUCGAGGAUGAAAGGACUUAUUGGUACCGCUAAAUCGGCAAAAAAACUUCCUUGGUCUAUACGCUUCUACAUUCGAAUUUUUAAGCUUAAUCGUAAUUCGAGUAUCGAAUUUGGUUUCGCUCUAAUCUCGAAUAAAUAUAAAGCUUGUAGACGUUUUGUACGAAUAAGAUAUUACGUUGAAAUUGAAUACUCGUACAAUACUUCUACUGCUUAGAAGCAAUAUUGCGUAACGGUGUCUGUAUUAUAGGUUGUUUAUUGUUUUCAUAAUAAAAGAAGUGAAAAAUAAAUAA